CAGGUUCACACACAGACAAUGAAACACAGCAGAAAUGACUCACUCUGACUUACUUUUGUAGACUGAAAGUCGACACAUAACGGUGUUUGAAGGUUGAGGCAUGAGCCGGUGCUUUUGGAGGAGAGGAGUGACUCCUCUGUGUGCGGAGAAGAUCUCUGACUGAUGUUGGGCAGCACAGAGGAAACUUGUAGCUGCAGACUGAAGUUAAACCAGACAGGAGACUCCAGCAGAACUGCAACUCAUCAAACUACAUCUACUGUCUGACUCUGGUCCCUGCUGGUCUUCAGGAUCCAACUGAUAGAAUCUCUAGAACCUUUCUUAUCAGUACUUAUAGAACCUUCAGUGUGGAUCAUGAAGGACCAGAACUUGACUGAUGAAGUGACAAAGAUCCUGGAAGAAGCUCCGAACGCCAGGAAAGCUCUACGUGAAAACUACGACAACCUGCUGAACGUGGCCGAGUACUGCUACAACAACUAUGUACAGUCAGGUGACAGCAGCAUGAAAGCGUUGGAGGAAACUAAAAACUUUACCACCCAAUCACUGGCCAGUGUUGCCUACCAGAUCAGCACUCUGGCCAAUAGCGUUUUGAGCCUGCUGGAUGCUCAGACCAAUCAGCUUCGCCACAUGGAGUCUUCCAUCAACCUGAUUGGUCAGACAGUGGAGAUGCACAAAGAGAAGGUUUGUCGGAGGGAAAUCGGUGCCUUCACUGCGGUUAGACGAGUUCCUCGCAGCCACAAGAUCCUUCCCCUUACAGGCUCCCAGGCCCGCCCACCGUACAGCCGCCGACCAAUCAACUACCAGCAGCUGGACGACGUUGGCCACGGCAUGAAGGUCUCUGGGAAACAGUCGGACCGAACAGGAACCAUCCGGAAACAGGGACCCUCUGUCAGGUCCAACAAGCCUGUGGAGGCGGUGCAAUGCCCGGUGGUGCCCCCUGCAGGAGGCUCCAGCUUUGGGAAACCUGUAGCUCCACCCACCAUCCCGCCUCCCUGGCAGGCUCCACCUGAGUGUGACCUCAUCACCUCCCUGCUGGACGACACCUCGCCCCCUCCGCCGACGGACACUGUCAUCUCGGCUCAGGAUGAUGAGGUCACUAACGCCUCGAGCCUGCCCCCUCCCCCUCCGCCUCCCCCUCCUCCGGGUUCGUCAGGCGAUAUGGUGGCCCCACCCCCUCCCCCUCCACCAAUCCCUUCUCCUGCAGGAGCUCUGACCAAUCACAGCACUCCUCCCCCGGCUCCACCACUUGGCCUUGAGACAGUGGUGGAGGAGAACAGCUUCCCCUCUCCUUCGCCUCCUCCUCCCCCUCCUCCCUCUGAUGAUGACGGUUUCCCUCCGUUGUCCAAUGAUGGUUCAGAGCUGCCGGCCCCGCCCCCUCUACCCAGCCAGGAAGUAGACGUGACCCUCCCCAACAGGAGGAGUCGCCGCCGCCGCUCCCCCCCAACCACACGCUCCCUAUCUCUGAGGGUCCGCUCAGGCCCCGCCUCCCGCUGCCGUUACACCCGCUCCCUCUUCCUGGCUGCCGGCCAAUCACUCAUGAUCCCUCCUCCCCCUCCUUACCCACCUCCCUGCACCCCUCCUCACCCCUCAUCCUCCCCCCUCCACCUGCUGCCUCGCCCCUCCUCCUCACCUCGGCUCUGCUUACCUGCUCGUCUGCAACACCUGGAUCUGGAGAUCCUGGCUCCGCCCCCUGCUCUCCUAUUGGACAAUGAGGUGGGCUUUGAUGACAUCUUGCCACCCCUCCCUCCACCAGUGGACUACGACACCAACGCCCCCGCAGAGUACCUGGAAAAAGUGGUGGCGCUCUACAACUAUGAAGCGUCGAAGCCUGAUGAUCUGUCCCUCACCGAGGGUGAUGUCAUCUACGUGACUCAUCGCCAUGACGACGGCUGGUGUCAGGGCUUCCUGAACGGCCAAGAGGGAUUCUUCCCCAACAACUACGUCCAAUCAUGUGACUAGAGGAUGCCCCGCCCCUCCAUGUCACCACCAUCCUCUGCCUCAGAUGUAUUAAUAUUACAGUAGUACUACUAGUAAUACUGCUAACUGUAGUACAGUGAAGGUUUCAGUGCUGCGUCCUGCAGGACACUGAACCAAACUACAGAUGAAACUUCAAACUGAACCUCUGAAAUAAAUGUUCUUUAUUCUG